AUUAAAGUCGAAGUCUCGAUACUCUCACCUAAUCAUUUAAUCAAAAUAACUGUUGAACCGAAAACAGAAAAUGUCAAAGACCGGGAUUUUGCAAACCAAUGUUUAGGAAAUACAAAGGAGGGGGAAAAAAAGAAGAAAACUUUUCAUGCCACUUAUUUUUCAUGUCGUCAUCCAUGAAGAGCUAACAAAAACAUCGCCGGCGAAAAAAAAUAAGGCAAUAAAGACGCUGAACAGAAUAGGAAAAACUGAAAGGAAAUAAGAUAGGAGGUGAGCAUAUUUGGGGGGGGGGCUCGUCGCAUGCCACAGCCGUAGCGUUAGAGCCGCUUGGUUGCGCCGCCUUCGCACGCGACAUCACCCCGGCAAAAACAACGACUCUUUUUGGAGUCCCCGAGACCUGUAGAUAAUUAAAGCUGUGCUAAACACAGAUAAGACAGACCACUGCUCGCCUUGAUUCUUUUCUGAAAUAGUUAUUGCACAGUUAGUCGAGACUUCGACAAGCGACUUCGCUCCAGCUCCAGUAGAAGAGGCGGAGCCUUAACUUAUUAAAAGGAACUUGUCUUUGCCCGAUCACCUGCAAACAUGAUGAUGAUGUCUCUGAACAGCAAGCAGGCGUUCACCAUGCCACAUGCCACCCUGUCCGAACCCAAGUAUUCCAGUUUACAUUCUUCUUCAUCUUCGACUUCGAAUGCGCCGUCGUCUUCCUGUUCUUCUAGACACAGUAGCACGAUCAGCAGCAGCAGCUCAGAGGCGAUGCGUCGAGCGUGUCUCCCAACCCCACCGAGCAAUAUAUUCGGAGGUCUGGAUGAGAGUUUGUUGGCCCGCGCUGAAGCUCUCGCGGCGGUGGAUAUAGUCUCUCAGACCAAGAGUCACCAUCACCCUCCACAUCACAGUCCUUUCAAGCCGGACGCAACUUACCACACCAUGAACACUCUCCCUUGCACCUCCUCGUCUUCUUCUUCCUCUUCCGUGCCUAUUACUCACCCUUCCGCUCUGGCCGGCCACCACCACCAUCACCACCACCAUCACCAUCAUCAACCACACCAGGCUUUGGAGGGAGACCUUCUGGAUCACAUCACCCCAGGACUGGCACUCGGGGCAAUGGCGGGGCCUGAUGGAUCGGUUGUUUCCACACCGGCUCAUCCCGCCCACAUGGCAGGCAUGAACCACAUGCACCAGGCAGCGAUCAACAUGGCUCAUGCCCACGGGCUCCCUUCCCACAUGGGCUGCAUGAGCGACGUGGACGCCGAUCCCAGAGACUUGGAAGCGUUUGCCGAAAGGUUUAAGCAGAGACGUAUCAAACUCGGGGUAACCCAAGCGGAUGUGGGUUCGGCGUUAGCCAACCUGAAAAUUCCAGGUGUUGGCUCCCUCAGCCAAAGCACCAUCUGCCGAUUCGAGUCGCUUACGCUGUCCCACAAUAAUAUGAUCGCUUUGAAACCCAUCCUACAAGCGUGGUUGGAAGAGGCGGAAAAAUCACACCGAGAGAAACUGAACAAACCCGAGCUCUUCAACGGGGCAGAGAAGAAGAGAAAGCGUACUUCGAUAGCGGCGCCCGAGAAAAGGUCAUUAGAAGCUUACUUUGCCAUUCAGCCCCGUCCUUCCUCUGAGAAAAUUGCAGCGAUCGCAGAAAAGCUGGACCUCAAAAAGAAUGUGGUUCGAGUCUGGUUCUGCAACCAGCGACAGAAACAAAAACGAAUGAAAUACUCUGCAUGCGUCUAACACGAGCACUUGCUUUAAAAAGAACAAUGAAGGCUGAAAAAAAACAUACUGUCUUAAGACGAUUUGUAAAAUAUUUCUUAGCUCACCGUUUUUUCAAUCAUCCAUGACAAACAGAACUUUUCAUUAUGUUCGAAGUGACUGAGAAUUAAAAAAAAAAAACUUUCUCUUCUUUACCCAGAAAGGAUGUGGAAUCAUUGUAGAAGAUCGUUUGACAGAACAAGUAAGAACGUUUGUUUUCCCCACUUACUAUGCUACACCGUUUUGUCAGUGAAAUUCAACUUGUUCAGCUUAAAUAACCGUAAAAAUGUUGAUUUACGGAAUCUGAUGAUUUCAGGUAUAAUACUAUAGUAGCUAGACACAGUGGUGACACAAAUGAUAACAAUAAUAUUAUUGUUGAA